CUUAUGUGCCAAAGGACCCGGCCCCCUCACUCGUUGCUUCUCGGUACUUUCUGAUGCCCUCUCCAUGAGGUCUUUCUGCCUAUCCUCUCCAUUCAGUUGAUAAAACACUUACUGAAAAAAAUCCAGGCCGUGUCGGUGCUGCUGCAAGCAACUAGGUAGGCUACUCUAACCUGCAAGCUAUUCCCUAACCUCAGUUCAAAUCAAGACAGAGUUAAGAUGACAGCAAAGCACCGCAGAGGAAAAAGCAGCAACAAACACGAGGAAAAUUCUUACAAACAUGACUCUCUGGAACCAGAGGAGCGGCCGGGAAACAACCUUGCUUUGUUGCUUGUUUUAUUUCUCAUUAUCGUUAUUGGUGGAGCCACCGUCGGCUGGUUCUGCUUCCAGCAGCAGCAAACACUAACCUAUUUAACAGACAACCUCAUGGGCAUGCAGAUGAAAAUGGUGAAGUUGCAGUCUUUCCAGGAGGAAUUGCGAAAGUCAACCGAGAAGCAUGGAAUGGAAGGCUUUGAGCAGCGCUUGGUCUCACUGGAGGAGUCUUACUCUCUGGCCCAGAAACAAGUGGGCAUGGCCCUCGCCACGGCUGAGCAGCUCAAGACCUCGGACCUGCCCGCCCAGGUUCUGGCCCUGCACUCCGAGAUGAAGGUCCGGUUAGCGGAGAUGCAGCAGGCGACCGUCUCGUCCGACCAGCUGGCCCAGCUGACGGCCACGCUCAGCGAACAGAACCAGGAGUUCGAGGCCGUCAAGCAACAAGUGCAAGGACUAGCCGGGGUGAGCGCGGAGCUGGCCCAGAACGUGGAGAACCUCUCAGGGAGCCUGUCGGCCAGUGAGGCGAUGGUGGACGACAGGACGGCCUCCAUCGGGGCCCUUGGCGCCCAGCUGGAGGACCAAGCUGCUAAGCUACAAGGCCUGAACGACCUGCUCGCUGCACAGCAGGCUGAGCUGGAAACCAGCACCCAAGAUAUUGCAGGCGUGAAAGCGUUACUGGAGGCCGAGGGGGUCCAGCGGUCCCAGCAGGCUAAUGUGGAGGAGCAGCUGGGUGUGAUGCGCACGGGCCUUCAGGAGCAGAGCAAGGCUGCCCAGGAUCUUCACUCCGAGCUCCUGGUCCAGCUGCAGGCUAUUCAGAGUCAGGUGGCCCAGCUGGAGAACGGUGGUGUGCCGGUGGCAGCUCCUGCAGAAGAAGCACCAGUGGCAGCAGCCGAAGUAGCAGAGGCAGUCGAGGAGGCCACUGAGGACAAUGUAGCAAUUGAGGCAGCGGAGGCCUCGGCGGGCGAGGAGGAGGUGGCGCAGGAAGUGGAGCAGGAAGCCGUGGAAGAGGCCGCUGCUCCGGAGCAGGAGGAGGUGGAGGAGGAGGAGCCUGCUCCUGCUGCUGCUACUACUGAGGAGGUAGAAGAGACGAGUGAGGACAUGGCAGCUUCAGAACCCGAGGCACAAGCAGUGGAGGCGGAGCCGCCGGCAGAAGACACGUCUGCAGAAGAAUAAUAGUUACUGUAUCUGGACACGGUUUCACGAAGAGAGUCUUUCACCAAACCCAGUGAUGAGGACAGAACAGGCAGUUCCACGUGUCUUAAGACAAGCAGGACAAUUAAACAUGAAGUUAAGAAGGUGUUAACUUUGUUUUCCUCACAAACAGCAACCAGGUCACAUACGCGGGUUCAUUUUUCAAAGACAGGACAGAAACGGCUUGUUUUUUUGGAGGGUACCUUGGCCAGAGGAUUUUACAAUAUGCAGGACACUCUGGUGCAAAUACCAACCUUGUAAGCCUUAACGUUUUAUACCAACACGGUGGUCUUUCUAGAGUUUUUAAAAUCACACUUCACUUUUACUGUACUACACCUAGAGAACAUUACCUACAGUACUGUAUCUUUUUCAGCCGCCAAACUUACAUUUUUCAAACUGUCCCAUGAAAUGUGAUUGCUGUUUAUGUGAGAAUGACUUUGCCCUCUGUCUCUUUUUUUUUUUUUCUGGGGAACACUUUUUGUGAAAGGGAUGCACCCCAGACUCUUGGAAAUUACUUUACAGUGCUAUCAGGUUUGUUUACACAGUCGAGGAUGUAAGAGUACUGGGUGGAGAGCUUUAUGUCGGAAAAGGGAAUUGGGAAGGACGGGAAUGGGGCUGAUGCACUAACUGCGAGUAUGAGUUCUAAUGUCUUUUGAUUUCACUUACUUCUAGAAUGUUCUGUGAUCUCACUCCAGGCUCACUAUCAAAUGGUGCUUUUUUGCACACUUCAUCUUGGGUCUGAAAAAAAAAAUGUACACUUUUUGAAAUAAAUGCUGGAUUCACCCCCUUUUUUAAUAUUUGA